GGCCUUUAAAAGUGGCAUCGCGAGCUUCCGAAUUUCAUUCCCUCUACUACACCCUUUAGUUGCCCACAGGAGAACGUUCGAGUUCUCCAGAAAACGGACGAGAAAAUGUUUUUUCGAGUAGGCGAUGUGCGCUCGGCGUGUUUAACUUUCGUGCUGGUGGUAUUCAGUGUGGGCACACUGGAGGCAUCGCUGGACGGCAGUCGGCAAGUGAUCACCAGCCCGCUCGUCGCUAGGCCGGUCAACCCAUACAGCCACGCCAUCUGUGUAGGAAACACCAUGUACUUAUCUGGCCAGCUCGGAAGUCAUCCACAGACUGGUCGCAUUGUUCCCGGCGGAAUCGUUCCCGAGACACGACAGGCUCUCACGAAUCUCGCCAACAUCCUGGAUGCCGGGCAAAUGACUCUUCGAGACGUGGUGAAGGUCAACGUGUACAUUGCGGACAUGAAGGACUACGAAGCCAUGAACAGGAUAUACGCUGAAUUCUUCACAGAGAAGUACCCUGCCAGGGUCACAAUUCGUGCUGCCGAGAUCCCCGGGCGGGGCCGUAUUGAAAUUGACGCCAUCGCAGUGGACACAUCCAAGGCCGCCGGACCUAGACCUUUUUAAUUUAUUUAUUUUGUACAGCCGAAAAUCGAAAGCCAUAAAA